AUGGACUCCGUCUUCCAUGGGCGUCCACCGUCCCGCCGCCGCAUCCUCGGAGACGUUACAAACCGCGCUAAUGAGGGUCUACACAGCCAGCAACGCGAUGAAAAGCAAGUCAAUGAAGACAAACCAGUCUCUAUAACCCAGCAAAUCCUUCAAAAAGAUCCAGUAGUCACAAAUGUUUCACUUGCAGUUCGCAACGGGCUUGGUUCUCCAGAAAACAAGCGUCUCUCAGCUGUUCAAGCCCGCGAAGGUCGCCCUCCAAACUCCAAGCGUGAUUUGGAGAUUUCCAACGCAAGCACUAAUGCUUCCAGCUUCAACCGCCGUCUCAAGACACACAUAGGCCCAUGGCAGCUGGGCAGAACCAUCGGUCGAGGCGGCUGCUCACGCGUACGACUUGUUAGGCAUUCUGGAACUGGUCAAUAUGGUGCUGCAAAAAUCAUUUCCAAGGCCACAGCUGAGAAAGUUCGGGCGUUGAGUUUGGCCAAUCUUAUCCAGAGUGCUGAGCAGGAUCCAACUCUAUGCCAUGAUGGCAAGGUGAUCCCUUUUGGAUUGGAACGUGAGAUCUGUAUCAUGAAGUUGUUGGAUCACCCGAACAUUGUCCGCCUGUUUGAUAUUUGGGAGAACCGUGAUGAGCUCUAUCUCAUCAUGGAGUUUGUAGAAGGCGGAGAGCUUUUCGCCUACAUUCAAGAACAGGGCGGUUUGAUCGAAAUACACGCUGUCCAUAUUUUCCGCCAGAUGAUCGCAGCUUUGACCUACUGCCAUCGAAUCAACAUUCAUCACCGCGAUCUCAAACCCGAGAAUAUUUUGCUGGACAGAGACACUAUGACAGUCAAGCUGGUUGAUUUCGGCAUGGCUGCCUUACAACCGGUCGGAAAGAAGCUCACCACACCUUGUGGAAGCCCGCAUUACGCCGCCCCAGAAGUCAUCAAGACCACAUCCUACGAUGGCGCAAAGGCAGAUGUCUGGAGCUGUGGCGUCAUCUUAUUUGUUCUGCUUACCGGUGCGCCCCCUUUCAAUUACUCGGGUGAUGAUCGCUACAUGAAGCAUCUAUUUCGCGAUAUCGCACAGGCCAAGUAUGUCAUGCCUGACAAUAUCUCCAAAGAAGCUCAGGAUCUCAUCAGGAAGAUCUUGGUGCCCGACCCCAAGCGCCGCAUAUCACUUGAGGAAAUCUGGAAUCAUCCUUUCCUACGCAAGUACCAACAAGAGUUGAACUUUUUGGGAAACAAUGCUCACCUCGAUCAUUGGACUGGCCCUUCUCCUGUCAUAGCUGAGUGGACGGCGUUAGACCGGGCCACUGUUAAUCGCGACAUUCUGAGAUAUCUGCGUACGCUGUGGCAUAGUGAGAAGGAAGAGAGCCUCAUUCAAAAGUUGAUCAGUCCAGAAUCAAACCAGGAAAAGUUCUUUUACGCUGCACUUCGCAAAUACCAUGCUGAUCAAUUGGAGAAUUACCAGCCAAGCUCGCAGUAUGCUGUUGCUCAUUCAAACAGCGAUCAUCAUCAUCACAGUACACGUCACGCACCUACACCCUUGGAAAUUUCAGAGCUUCCAUUGAAGCAUACCAAGCGCUCACAGUCCGCCUACUCGAUUCUCAAUAACGAGCAUCUUUACUCAAAGCAUAACCUCUAUGAGACUCCAGCCUCCGAAGCGAGCUACGAUCCUUACCGAGCCUCGCGGCAGCCUAUAAUGCCCGGUCCAGGAGAUAUACCUCUUAGCCAGCAUGUUACUGUACAUCGCGGACGUGGAAGCCGCAGUGAAAAGCCACGUCCCACUACAGCUCUGGGACACCGGGCCGGCAGCUCAUUGCGCAUUCAGACUCUGCGAAACAGAUCUAAACGUAGUUAUGCGACAUCGCGCAGUUCUUCGAGUCGAAGCAGCCUGUCUUACCGCGCCUUUUCUGUCCAGAGGCGUUCGAUGUCACGAUCCUCGCUCAUGAGCUCCCAAUGGCCCAGCAGCCCGCCUGUUGUUUCUCGCCCUAGCGGUAUAGGCAAGCGAGGUGUGAGCUUCUCGCAUCUGCGCGAUCGUCGGUCAUCGGCUGCUACUGGUAGUAGUUGGCAGACUGAGGUUGGAUCAUGUACCGAUUACAUGGCUCACAGGCCUCACACCUUUAUCGGAUCGUAUGAAUCAGCCAUGAGGGCUAGCACUGUCCGCUCGAACCCCAGAUCAAAGGCUCUUGCUGGUACAGAUACUCCACAUCUAAAAUUAUAUAAGCGGGAGAGCCCAACCAAAUACAUUCAGGGUGAGGUUCGGAAGGUCAGUAUGGAGCUGGGCAAGGUCAUGGAAGAGGCUUUUAAUCGAUCAUCUGUCGGUUCAAGUGUCUACUCAGGCACAUAUACGUAUAACAAUGCCUCUCAUUAUGACAACCCUCCGACAUCUUCCCCAAACACGCAGAAUUUGAGCAGCAGCAUACUUGCCACUCCCCCAGCUGCCAUAUGGUUGUCCCGAGAGCGACCUCUUCCACCUACACCGGCCGAGACUCCAAAUACCUUUGUUCAGCGAAAGCUCGCAGAGACCCGUGCAGAAAUCGCCCAAAGGAUUAUGGAGGAUGAAACCACGGAACGUUAUAACAACCUCCUUAAGAAUCUCGAUCGCUUGAUGAUGCCUGCAGCGAUUGGAGGUAAGCGUAUUGCUUCGGCCCCCACUAAGUCUCCUGAACAUGGGCCACUACAUAUGAUCCCAGAAGAGGUGAAGAUUGACAAUGGAGAUGGGUCGGAUAAUCUGGUUACUCAUCACCGGGUCUUCACUAAUCCUGUUAGAUCUCAGGGUCACCGUGUAGCACCAGACCAGCAGCAGACGAUUCGCAUUGUUAAUGGAUCGCCUAAUCGUGUGGCGCCCCUAAACAUUCGCAAGAAAAGCGGAGCAAGCCUGGACUCAAAGAAGGCUACUAAGGAGAUGACUGUUCAUGAUCCGUUUGCAGCAAGACUCGACAACGAUGUCUCUAUGCCUGCAAAGCAACACCCUGUGAUCCGGAAAAAGAAGUCAUGGUUUCGGCGAAACAAUGAUGAAAAGAACAAGGAUCAUGAUGAAGAGGAGAACCAAGUUACGAAGCAAUCAAACGGGCUACUCCAAAUACCUGAGGCAUGGCACGGUCUUAAUGAUCGUACCAAAAGGGACCCUCUGUCAUUGAUUAAUGGCGGCCAUCCAAAGCAUAACCAGAAGCAAUCAGGUGGAAGCAAUGGGAGCGAGUUUCCUAUGCGCCAUGGCAACUCUAACCCUUCAAAGGGCGAUAGCACAGCUCGCAAAGGUUUCCUUGCAUUGUUCGGAAAGAAGUUCAAGAAUAGCAAAAGAAAUAGCCCGAUGGAGCUAAGAGAAAUCAACUUUAGCUCCUCUUCUAUCUCGUCCAACUUCGAUCUGGGGCCCGACCGCAAUAAGGAUGUAGUUCGUAUCGCCCCUCCUGAGAUGCAGAUGAACUGGCUAUCACGCUUCCUGCAUAUCAAACCCGCUAGCAAAACUUUGUGCCUGCAAGUCGGUCGUGGCAAAGUUCGACAGGACUUUGUUCGUCUGCUGCGCGACUGGCAGCGCUUUGGCAUUCAGGAUGUGGUGUUAGAUCGCAAGUCCAAGUCCAUCAGUGCGCGCGUUGAUAAAAAUAAUCACUUGAAAAUCAAGCCCGUAUCGUUUGUCAUUGAACUCUUCGUCGUACUCGAACACGGGCGCCGCGCCAACCUCUGCCUUGCACGAUUUACACAGACGCGCGGGGCAGCAUCCAGCUUUCGCAAGGUCGUCGAUAUUAUCGAGGACAUCUGUCGCGCUCGCUGUAUGCUGGUCGAAGAUGAGCAAAAGAAAGCCUCGAUGAUGGAGGUCUUGGAUUAGGAUGCCAAUAUGGAGGCAUGGGAUGGUGUGGGCUGUUUGGAUACCAGAUGGCAUACCUCUUAUCCACUGGCCUGAGGAGCUGUGCGUUGAAAUUGCUCAUACCUUUAGUAUCGUACAGCAGUGCGGGAUGACUUGUAUGCGCAAACUAUACGCUGUACUGGAUAUCGACGGAACAUGUUGCCUGCUUGCACACGAUAUCCGACCAAAAGUUAUGCAACAUCGCGAUGUACACCAAGGCCAUU